AUGAAAACUCGGGUUUACAAAGGCAUCCGAUUAUAUCGAUGGACCAAUAAGUUUUACUGCAAGUAUUUAGAAUCUCUCUAUUUAGACUAUUCGCAUCAACAACGACGUGUCACUUUAAUUCUGAUUAUUUUGGCGGAUUCUUUUCUAGCAAUCCCGUUUCUUGGGUUCUACCUAACCAAAUUACCGGACAAACGAUUCCAAGUUAUUGGUAUCAGUUGUUGUGUACUUAUUAAUUUCUUUCUAUUUUUAAUAUGUUGGAAAUGCUUACCUAGGAAAAAACACUUGAAUUGGGCUGCUGUGUGUAUGUGGAUGGUGUUAAUAGCUCACAGUGUUUUAGACAUUUUUGAUAAGAAAGACCAAGAUUUGCUUUGGUACUCGAUCUGGUACAGUACUACCACCAUUUUCGUACCAUACACCUUAUUCCCUCUUACACUUAUGUGGUCUCUUACACUUGGCAGUACCUCAUUUGUGAUUCACGUGGGUUUAAUAUUUUUCCAAGUCUUGGAAUCAAGUAAUGUUUUUGAAAUCAAACCAAUUGCUUCUGACGCUCUUUUUUUCCUCACGGUUAAUUUCGCCGGGGCUUAUAUAAAAAUUUUGACCGAUGGAAGUCAGAGGAAAUCCUUUGUGGAAACUUUACGUUUCCUGGAAAACCGCUGCAAAGCACAACAAGAAAACGAAAAACAGGCCCAGCUCAUUUUUUCCAUCCUUCCCGAUUUCGUGGCCAAAGAAAUGUUCAAAGACAUAGAAAAUGAAGAACGCAGGGGAUCAACACAGACCCAACAGUUCCACAAAAUCUACAUCCACAAGUACAACAAUGUGAGCAUACUUUUUGCCGACAUCAAGGGUUUCACCGCUUUGGCAAGCAAAUGCACGGCUCAAGAAUUGGUGAGAAACCUCAACGGCUUGUUUGCGAGAUUCGACAAAUUAGCAACGAAACAUGACUGUUUGCGAAUCAAACUUUUGGGCGAUUGUUACUACUGCGUGUCGGGUUUACCGAAUCCACGAUUCGACCAUGCAGACUGCGCCGUCGAAAUGGGGCUAAACAUGAUCAAGGCGAUCAAAGACAUGAGAACAAAAACACAAGUCGACAUCAAUAUGCGAAUUGGGAUUCACUCAGGGUCUGUUCUUUGCGGGGUUUUGGGUUUGAGGAAAUGGCAGUUUGAUAUUUGGUCACAUGAUGUUAAAGUCGCCAAUCGGAUGGAAGCAACUGGCAUUGCAGGGAGAGUGCACAUCUCCGACGCCACUUUUCACGCUUUGACCAAGAAUUUCACAGUCGAGCCGGGACACGGCAACGAAAAGGACUCACUUUUACGCAAAAAUUGCAUCCAAACUUAUUUUAUUGUCGAAGAUCCGGUUUAUGAGAACCUCGAGUUGCCCAAAAUCGCCACUCCGCCCCCGAAAAGACAGUCGAUUAAUGUGGACUGGAUCCCGGAGAUUCCCUUCAGAAACCUACAAAGGGCGUUAAGCGAGGAUAACAGCAACGAAAACCUCACUUGUAUUUCAAAAACUAAGGGAAAAUACGACGUUUCAAGGAGAGAAUCUGAAAUUGAAGCACCCCAAUGUAAUGAUACGAUUACGAACGUGAUCGAAACUAGUUUAAAACAACAAUGGACGUUCCUUAAUAAACUGACAUUGAGAUUUGUGGACGAGGAAUUGGAACAUCAAUACACUGAAAUCAAAAAUGACAUGUACAGAUCUAAUAUAGUUUGCUGUUUCAUAAUGUGGAUUUUUGCCUCAAUUUGCCAAAUAAUUAUCUUUGAUUUGGAUGAAUCGUUGGAAAUUCUUUUCAUAACAGUCACCGUUUUUCUGGCUGUAAUGACGCUUGUGAUAGCAGGAGACCAAUAUAAAUAUUUUCCAAAAUGCGUGAAAAAAAUUACAAGUUUUUUAAGUUAUAACAGAAGGCGUCGAACUGCAGUUCUUGCAACUGUGGUUAUAAUUAUGUCAAUAUCAGGUGUUUUGACUUUAAUAAUAGAAGUCAAAAAUUUAAAGGAAGAUGGACAUCCUGAAAACGUGGUUUUUUCGUGGAUUAUAUAUCUUUUCGCUUUAGCCACAGCAAUAAGGAUCAAUUACAGGAUUAAAAUAACGUUAGCAUUGCUUAUAGUAUCCUUGUAUGCGAUUUUAGUAAGCAUCGGGCCUUACAGAAUUUUUUUUUUCCCUUCAGAUACAGACAUUUUGCAACACUUACAGUUUCCAGUACUUUUGGUAACAUUUUUUCUUUUAAUUUUCUAUCACGCGAGGUUGAUUGAAGUCACUUCACGUUUGUAUUUUUUAUGGAAACAUAAAGCCAAAAUCGAACUCGAUGGAAUGCAAGCAACUCGCCAAACAAACAUGCAGUUGUUGACUAAUGUUCUUCCAGAACACGUCGCCAAGCAUUUCCUGAGUCGGGAAUACAGAAACGAGGAACUCUAUUCGCAGUCACGUACCGGAAUUGGUGUUCUUUUUGCCACAAUUCCAAACUUUUUUAAAUUCUACUCCGAAGAAAAAGGUUUGGAAUGUCUGAGACUCCUCAACGAAAUUAUUGCAACUUUUGACGAAGUCCUCGACGACGAGCGCUUCAGUUCCAUCGAAAAAAUCAAAACUGUGAGCGCCACCGCGACUUACAUGGCCGUCUCAGGGCUCAACCCCUCCACCCAACGCGACCCCCUUAUCGGAGACACCCCUGAGCAUUUGGGGGCCCUCAUCGACUUUGCUUUAACCCUGCGACAGCGACUCGAAGAAAUCAAUCGCGACUCUUUCAAUCGGUUUAAUCUGAGGGCGGGAGUCUCCUACGGGGACCUUGUUUGUGGUGUCAUUGGGGCUAAGAAACCGAUUUUUGAUGUCUGGGGCAACACUGUGAACGAAGCUUCGCGGAUGGACAGCACUGGCCUUAUGGGUCAAAUCCAAGUACCCAAAGACACAGCCCAGUUGUUGGUGCGUCAGGGGUACGAAUUGAAGAAACGGGGAUUGGUCCGAGUGAAAGGAAAAGGGUUAAUGGAGACGUUUUUCGUCCAAGGGAAGAAAUUGAAGAAAGUGCGAAGCUGUCAACGCAAUUUCAGUAACACGAUUAGUCUCGAAGCCAUGGUUUAUGCUAUUGCAAAAAACAGAAGGCGAUUUAUAAGUCACAGUUACAAGUUUUAAUCUAUUUUAUUAAGAAAUAACUUCCAAGUACUCCAAACGGCGGAAUCUUUUAACAUCGGCAUCACUUCGUAUUUUCGUCUCGGGGAGUUUCCUCACACGUGUAAUAUCCUUUCUCUGCAACCCCAACUCCUUAGCACACAACUCCAAAACUCCUUCAAGCGUCAACUGACUUUCGUCGAGUUCUGUUUCAAUAAAAUCUUCCUCGGGAUACUUGAAAACACGCAUUCUUAAAACGUACGGCCUUUUAACCAGACUUUUUCGGAGACAAACAGCCAGUUUUGGAGUAAUUCGUUCAAAACCUCGCAAAAUCAAAGCUUCAAAAUAAACCCCGGUUACUGUAAUCACCAGAACUAACACGAAGUAACCUAUUUAAUCAAGUUUAGUUUAGUUUUAUUUAACUGUGAGUGAUUGUACCGAAAUAAAAGAACUCUUCGUUGGAUUUUUCAACACCAGUUCGUGUGAGAAGAGAUAAUGCAAUUACCCAUAGAAGAAUA